AUGGGGGAAAUAGAUAUGAGGCGGGGUCUAAUCAGUUCGGUUCUCAUCAAUGGCAAAGUCAUUCACAUUCCUGGGAAUCCCGUUAGCACCAAGACUGUUCACAUUCACGGGAAUCCCGUCAGCACUGAGACCAUUCGCGUUCACGGGGAUCCUGACGGCAUUGGGACCGGUCACGCUCCCAUGAGUCAGGGCAACGCCGAGAUCGCUCACGUUUACCCACCCACAUUCAAUUCCUACGACAGGAAAAUAGACCUGGUAAAGCACGUCAGUCAUUAUAUUCAGAUGAUGUCUCUGCAUACUCAUAACGAUACGUUGAUGUGCAAGGUAUUUCCUUCGAGUCUAGGACCAACUGCUUUGAGGUGGUUUAAUGGGCUACGGAAGGGCUCCAUACAUAGUUUUUCCGAGCUAAUUCAGGAGUUCGGCAUUCGAUUCGUGACUUACAGUCGUGUACCACAGCCAGUAGAUGCACUUUUAUUCAUGAAAAUGAGGGCAGGGGAGACCCUCCGAAGUUAUGCUAGCUGGUACUGGGAGCUAUACAAUGAGAUAGGCGGGGAUAAUGAGAUGGUUGCAACAAGCACUUUUAGAAUAGGGUUGCCUGAGGACUCUGGACUACGGGAGUCAUUGACUAAGAAGCCUCCCGAAGACAUGAGGAUUGUUGACUGGAUCAAGUAUGAGCCGUAUUUCCGGUGGCCGAACAAGAUGGGUGGAGACCCAUCUAGGAGGAAUCAGAACUUGUACUGCACCUAUCACCGGGACAAGGGUCACACUAUCAAACAGUACCGGGUGUUGAAGGAUCACCUCGGGCAAUUGGUUAAGGUCGGGUAUUUAAAGGAAUUUGUGCUGGACUCGGGGGACAGAGGUGUGGGGCAAGAUACUCGGCAAAGGGGGAACCCUCUUCCACCCCCUAUAGGGGUAAUUGAAGUCAUUCAUGCUGCCCUAGAGAGACUUAUUGCAGGAAGAAGGAAAGGAGUGUUGAUUGUAGUACAAGUGGAGAGUUACUUCGGCGUACAACCGCCAGAGAAGAGAAUGAGGUCUGCAUGGGAGCCUAUCACUUUUGACGAUGACGAUUUGGAGGGGAUGAUCCAACUGCAUGAUGACGCAUUAGUGGUCACAGCCCGGAUAAUUGGCUUCUUGGUGAAAAGGGUAAUGGUAGACCAAGGAAGUGGAGCUGACGUAAUGUAUCCAGACCUAUUUAAGGGGCUCAGACUGAAGAAGAAGGACCUUGCGAAGUAUAGUUCGCCCUUGGUUGGUUCGAUGGUAAGGUAG